AUGAAGGGCGCUUUGUUGACGGCAGCUAUGCUGCUCGGCUCGGCUCAGGCCGGAGUCCAUACGAUGAAGCUCAAGAAGGUCCCACUUGCGGAGCAGCUUGAGUCUGUUCCCAUCGAUAUGCAGGUGCAGCACCUCGGACAGAAGUACACUGGUCUCAGGCCCGAGUCCCAUACCCAGGCCAUGUUCAAGGCCACCGAUGCCCAGGUUACCGGCAACCACCCGGUUCCCAUCUCCAACUUUAUGAACGCUCAGUACUUCUCCGAAAUCACCCUCGGAACGCCACCCCAGACCUUCAAGGUAGUUCUGGAUACCGGCAGCUCCAACCUCUGGGUUCCCUCGUCCCAGUGCGGCUCCAUCGCCUGCUACCUCCACAACAAGUACGAGUCUUCCGAGUCGUCGACGUACAAGAAGAAUGGAACGAGCUUUGAGAUUCAGUAUGGCUCUGGUAGCCUCAGCGGCUUCGUCUCUCAGGACAGAAUGACCAUUGGUGACAUUACCAUCAAUGACCAGCUCUUUGCCGAGGCCACCAGCGAGCCUGGCCUGGCUUUCGCCUUUGGUCGCUUUGAUGGCAUUCUCGGUCUCGGCUACUCGAGAAUUGCCGUGAAUGGCAUCACUCCUCCAUUCUACAAGAUGGUUGAGCAGAAGCUCGUUGAUGAGCCUGUCUUCUCUUUCUACCUCGCCGACCAGGAUGGCGAGUCCGAGGUUGUGUUUGGCGGUGUCAACAAGGACAGGUACACUGGCAAGAUCACCACCAUUCCCCUCCGCCGCAAGGCCUACUGGGAGGUGGACUUCGAUGCCAUUGGCUACGGCGAGGACAUUGCGGACCUUGAGGGUCAUGGCGUUAUCCUCGACACUGGUACCUCUCUUAUCGCUCUCCCCAGCCAGCUCGCUGAGAUGCUGAAUGCCCAGAUCGGUGCCAAGAAGAGCUGGAACGGUCAGUUCACCAUCGAUUGCGCCAAGAAGACGGGCCUCAAGGAGGUAACGUUCACUCUUGCUGGCUACAACUUCACCCUGGCCCCGAGGACUACAUCCUGGAGGCCUCCGGUAGCUGCCUGUCGACCUUCAUGGGAAUGGAUAUGCCCGCCCCAGUUGGUCCCUUGGCUAUCCUUGGUGAUGCUUUCCUCCGCAAGUACUACACAGUCUACGACCUCGGCGCCGAUACUGUCGGCAUCGCCACCGCCAAGCGCUAAAUUAGCCUUGGGGAGGAAGAGGGAAGAAGUUUGGGUAACCUGA